CACUAGAUGGAAGCAGUUCCUCAUCCUGUGAUAUUAGUAACCGUGUUUGUCCAGAAAUAUCUACUAAUAUGAAGCGUCAUUAAAUAUACUGUGAUAAUUGUUCUCGUCCAUUAACGAGCUGUUUGAAUAUAUUAUAAAUAUUGACAAUAGGACACUGGAGUGAACCCGCAGGCGCGUGAGAUGAAAUGACAACGUCAACACUGCAGAAAGCAAUUGAGUUGGUCACUAAAGCCACAGAGGAGGACAAAGCCAAGAACUAUGAGGAGGCGCUGAGACUGUAUCAGCAUGCUGUGGAGUACUUCCUGCAUGCUAUCAAGUAUGAAGCACACAGUGAUAAGGCGAAGGAAAGCAUACGUGGGAAAUGUGUGCAGUAUCUGGACAGAGCUGAGAAACUGAAGGACUACCUGAAGAACAAGGACAAACAGGGCAAGAAACCCGUGAAGGAAACACAGAGCAAUGACAAAAGUGACAGUGAUAGUGAGGGUGAAAAUCCAGAGAAGAAGAAACUGCAGGAGCAUCUGAUGGGUGCGAUUGUGAUGGAGAAACCCAACGUCAGUUGGAAUGAUGUUGCCGGGCUGGAGGGAGCAAAAGAAGCCCUGAAAGAGGCUGUUAUUCUGCCCAUCAAAUUCCCACACCUGUUCACAGGCAAGCGUACUCCAUGGAGGGGCAUUCUUCUGUUUGGCCCACCCGGCACAGGAAAGUCUUACCUGGCCAAAGCUGUGGCCACCGAAGCCAAUAACUCCACCUUCUUCUCCGUGUCGUCCUCUGACCUCGUGUCCAAGUGGCUGGGCGAGAGUGAGAAACUGGUGAAGAAUCUGUUUGAUCUGGCCCGUCAGCACAAGCCGUCCAUCAUCUUCAUCGAUGAGGUGGAUUCUCUUUGUGGAUCCAGAAAUGAGAAUGAAAGUGAAGCUGCUCGGAGGAUCAAGACUGAGUUCCUUGUGCAGAUGCAGGGUGUUGGUAAUAAUAAUGAUGGGGUAUUAGUUCUGGGUGCUACUAACAUUCCCUGGGUACUCGAUGCUGCUAUACGUAGAAGAUUUGAGAAGCGCAUCUACAUCCCGCUACCAGAGGAGCAGGCACGAGCAGCCAUGUUCCGCUUGCAUCUGGGUAACACGCCUCACAGCCUAACGGAGGCAGACCUGCGUCAACUCGCCCGCAAGACUGAUGGGUAUUCAGGUGCUGACAUCAGCAUCAUAGUACGAGACGCACUCAUGCAGCCUGUCAGGAAAGUGCAGUCGGCAACACACUUCAAGAAGGUGCGAGGACAGUCUCGCAGUAAUAGUUCGUUGAUGGUGGAUGACCUCCUGACCCCGUGCUCUCCUGGUGACCCUGAUGCCAUAGAGAUGACUUGGAUGGAUGUUCCUGGAGACAAACUACUGGAGCCCAUAGUGUGCAUGUCUGAUAUGCUGCGCUCUCUGGCGACCACACGCCCCACCGUCAACACGGAAGACCUGCUGAAGGUGAAGAAGUUCACAGAGGACUUUGGACAGGAGGGCUGAACCUGCACACACGCUUUCACUCCAAAUAUCCAUCCAUAUGUAGUUGCCCCACUCAAGCAGGACUAUCUGCAGUAAACUAACCCGCAGUGGUGAACUCGAUGAGCAUGCUAUCUCAUCUAACGUCUCUAAUUACCCCACAUUACAGAACAUCACAUUUCAGUUUCUUGUUAAUUGUUUGGAAAGACAACAGUGCUUUAGAGAACCUAAAUAAAGCUUGCUGUGAAUUGUUUUAUGUUUACAUUUACGUGAUCAGAUUUAUUGAAAGUGUUAUGAUACUGUUUUGUCUGUUUGCCCCUGUAUCCACACUGACUGAUGAUCAGCAGAAUUACAGCUCUCUGAUCAGUAUUUAUUUUAAUUUAUUCUUAAUGAGUUCGGAUGGUUAGGGUUUUGUGAAGAUAUGCUCUGCAAAUGACAGAUCAUUUUGACGUGCUGUAUCAGUUUCUGUUAUGUUCAGCUCAGUAUUGCUGUAUGAACUUCAGUGGUCGGGGUGAAUCUCACGAAAACAUUUCCAGGCCACAUUUAACCCCAAUAUCAAUAUCAAAACUUUUAGAACCAUCAAGAGUUUUGGCACUAUGACUUUAUUUUCAUGACAGCUAAUGAUAUAUUGAAAAGUAUAUGUUUUGUGUUAUGGUAAUAAAAAUGUCAUUUUACCCCUAUAUUUUCAUUAUGUAAAAUACUAUGAAUUUAUUAUUUCUUGUGGACAUUUCUUAAACAGCAUUUCUGAGUUUUUCUUGACAGUUUUUGUGAGAUUCACUAAUCUACAUUUUAAAAUUCCUGAUAAAGCGAAUGUGUUAAAUGCAGCACAGCAUGGUUUGUCUGUAAAUUGAACUGUAAUUCUAGAAGUGAAAUUACAGCGUGACUGCUCAUACAGACCAUUAGCUGUCAUCCCUUCUGGAUGAUACCACAUUGAGCUGAACUGAUAAAACAAACAUGACUUAUAAA